AUAAUCUGAUUGAAAUUGUAGCAAUCACUAGUGCAAGGUCGGUCGACUGGUGACAAAAUAGGAGGGAUAAAGAUGUUAUAGUAAUUUACGAGUUCUAAAGAGUGGUUAAUCAUGUAUGAUACAAUUCGAAAUUCAAAAAGUAGAUUGCAUGUUUGUGAACCAGCGUCGGUCCGGUGGUGACAAAAUAGAACCAAAUUGAUAACCGAAUUGAAUAAUGAAAAAAGUGGCUCAAUUUACAUAAAUAAAAUUAUAUUCCUUCUGAUUUACCAAGCUAUGAUGGUCUGAUAAUAAUUUAAAAGAAUUUAGAGAUAUUUUAAAAAUGAUAAUAGCCUUUCUAAUUUACUUAUUAGUUUUAGAUUUAUCUUACAGAUACUUAACUCAACAACUUUUUUACUUAUAGAAACAUAAAUAUCCAUUAUUUAUACAUAUUAGUAAGAAUAUAAAAUAUAUAUUUAAGGAUUGAUUGGGAAGUUUUUAAAUUCUAGCAUUUUCCAUCAUUUUCUUGUAAGAUCCACUGAAGUUUUCUCAAAAUCACUAACACGUUUUGGUUAUACAGUGAUACAAAAUGAAAUCUCUAAUAUCAAAUAAGUUUACUAAACCAAAAACCAAAUAUCAUGUGACAGUUUUAGUAAAUUUUAGAACAAAAUAACAAAUAAACUCUCCGUUUUUUUGGAGAUUAGAAGAUCAAAAUAGGAUGCUCGCAGUUGGGAGUGUCUUUUUCUAUUCUACUCAGAGUGGAAAAGUCGUGGAAGAGGCAGGAGUCAUCUUCAUUGUCUCUUCGGGGUCCGUUGUAUUUGAACAAUACCUGCCCAAACGGUUAAAACAAAUAAGAACAAGAUAUAAAAAGUGAUAGAGAAGCGGAAGCUAAGAGAUCAAGGAUUCGACAAGAACUCGAUGAGAACUCGCAGAAUCGAAGGAAGCUUGUUGUAGUUGAUACUCUCAACGCAAACAAGGGGAACUUUGAUGAUGACGAUACUCUCGACAAGAUCAAAGAAAGCUAGAGUACUCCUGUAAGUGCUUUGAUAAGCUCUGAUUGCAAUUGCAAAUUAUAUUCAAUAAACGUAUCCCUUUACAAAGAAGAAAGCUCAAUAUAUAAACUACGUAACUAGAUCCUAAUCUCAAAAGGAUUGAUGAUUAUCCAAACAUAAAUAAAAUAAAGAAAAUGAAAACAACACUCUUAAGUCGGCUAAGGCCUUAAUGAUACGUACGGCCCAAGCAUCCAAUGAUCCGCUACAUCAAAAAGUUUAUUUUAUUACUUAUGAAAGAAAUCUUACCAGAAAUCAAAUUAAGUAUAGCUAUAGAGAAUUAAUAAAAUAAAGAGCCGGCAGAUAUGAAAAUUAGAAAGAAAAAGAUUUAAUCAAUGAUAGAGGGAAUGAGGAAUUGUUGAGAACAGAUAAUUAUCAUGAAUUUUCAAGACUUAUGGUGGUUUUAUGAAGCUGUACCAAUCACUACAAUUCCUUUAAGGGUCAAAUCGUUAAUGGAUAGAACUUACACUUAUAGAGAGUUGUUCUUAGAGAUCACCUUUACUGAAACUUAAAAUAUCUAAUCUAUUAAAACUAAAAUACAAAUUAAAAUUAACCAUCGUUUCACCUUUGAUAUUACAAGUUUAUGCUACUGGCCUAAACCAUGAUUAAUAACAUUAAACCACCUCUAUUUAAUUGAUUUAUUUAACUAUUUCUUAUUUCUUCCUUUAGCCAAUCAUAACUCUUUUAGAAUUUGGAAACACACCAAAAACAAAUCUAUCCUCAUGCCUUAUAUUGCUUCAUUAACCUAUGUACGAAAAACCUAAACCAUAGAAUUAUCAUAAAUUUAGUCAACAAAAAUUCAACACGAAUUGAACAUGACACAUAGUCCUCAGAUAAAAAAAAACUCUUAAAGUUUGCAAAAAUCAUAUGCUUAUUCUCCCGAUUAGAUAUUAAUAUAAAAAAUUAAUAACAAACUCUUUAUCAUGUUAAGAUUUUUUUUUAUAUCACUAAAUAAAAUGCCAUGUCGGUUUGUAUAGAUUUCUAAAUCUUGAAUAAGAAUCUGGUUUUUUUUGUGAAAAAAUUCAUGCCAAACCAUAUACUGAAACUAAAGUUUGUUAACGAUGAUUAUUAUAUUUGAAGUGUUAUACUCAAUCAAUUAUAGAAACCUACAAUCAAGGACAUUUGAAAUAUAAUUCCUAUUUUUAGGUAUGAAAUUAACCAAAUUGUAUCAAUCUUACUAACAGAAUCUCCACAUUCCUUUCAAUUUUUAAAAUGUAAUUUAUUGAACCACAUAAGAAUAUUCAUAUUUUAACAACAUCCUAAUUAUUCGAACUAAUUUAUAAUAACAAAGCUAAAUCUCUUAUCAUAACUAAUAGAUAUAAAUAUUAUUUUUUCUAAUAUGUAUUCUUCACUAACUAUAUGUUAAUAUAUUUUAGUGUUUAAGUUUUUAAAAUAAAAUAUAAAAAAUGUGAAAAAUCUGAAUAUUCAGCUUUUAAUGCAAAAACAUAAACGAAAAGAGAUUAUGAUCAAUUAGUUAGACUAUUUAAUGUUUACAUAUCAUAUAUUAUACAUUAAAUUAUAGGAUAAUUAAUAUAAGAAAUAAAAUACCAGUCCUUUUCUAAUAGACUAAUACUACCACAUAAACAGAAAAUAUUUAAAAACAUAUUUUACAAACUAUAGAAUAUUUGAGAACGAUAUUUGAUACACAUUAAAUUACAAUAUAAUCUAUAAUAUAAAAUUAAAAGAAAAUGAUAUUCCUUCUUUAAUACUACCGUUAUUUAGACAAAAAAAUUGACUUCAUAUUAAAUUAUUUGUUCUUUACUAACCAUAUAUGAUUUACAUUUAAUUGUAGGUCAGUCGAUAAAGGAAAUUAACAAUAUUGAAUAUUCCUAUUAUAAUACUAUCACAUAAAUGAAAAUAUCAAUUGUUGAAUUAAAUUUAUUUUUUACAAACCAUAUUUCUAAGAGAAAUUUUUUGGGAUAGCAUCUUUUAAGUUUUUGUUACAAAAUAGUCUUCAAUGAAGAAAAUACCCAAAAUAAGUUUUAUUGAAGGGUUAACUAAUCUAGACUUAAGGUUUAGAGUUAAGGAGUUGAGUUUUGGGGAUAGAGUUUCAAAUUUUAAAAAAUAAAUAUUAAAAUUUUCAAAAUAAAAAAGCUAUUUUAGUUAUUUUCUUUCUUGAGGACUAUUUUUGUGACAAAAACUUAAAAAUGUUACUCGUGAGAAUUGCCAUGUAUGUAAUACAUUUCAUUAUAAAAUAAAAGUAUGAAUAUUCCUUGAUCCGCCAUAAAGAAAAAAUAGAAUAUAACCUAUAAAAUGGUUUGAAAGAUCUUUACUUAGACUAAUCUUUUUCAACAACUACUUACUCAUACCAUAUAUAUAUAGCAUCAUUCAUACGGUUUUUUUAAAUCUAUUCAUAUUCACCAAAACAAAUAAAACAUAAACAAAUAAAAUAUAUUCAUCGACUUCACUUUUUUAUUAAAGAUGUAAAACCACUUAAAACUGAAUGAAGAGUUUAAGUGAAAUUGUUUAUUUCUAGAAACAAAACACCAACUACGAAGAAAAAUCACUUGAAUUUUCUUAGAAGAUGAAUAAGCAAGUCCUAAUUUUUUUUUACACAAUUCUUAAAAUGUAUCUUUUUAUAUAAUAGUACUGUAUUUAAUUUUGUGUCCAGAAGGUUAAAUUCCAUGCUUAUGCAAGGAGAAAAUAUAUGUUUAGACCAACAAACCUUCAAUAUAGAAUGUAACACUUUCAAGCUUUUGUGCAGAUAGCAACUUCCAUAUAAAGUGACAAUUUGAAACAAUAAACUAAAUUAUUGUAUUCACACGAUAGAAUUUUUUAAAAUGUAAUAAUAUACAAUUAGUUAUAUGAAAAAUGUUAAAAUAUAUAUCACCAAUUAUAAAAAGUAAAUAUUUAUUUUUGGAAAGGGUUAAGAAUUUAACCGGUGUGAGAUAUUACAUUGUUCGGGGAACUCUAGAUAAAGAAAACAAACACCCACACGGACGUGUAAUACAAAAAAAAACUAUGAUACAUAUUAUUAAUUGAUGCAGAAGAAAAUUUUACUUAUUAGGAAAGAUUAAAAAAACUCGAUUAAUUGAUAAAUGUAAAAUAUAGACGAAUCUAUAUAGAAGAUGUUCAUCUUGUAUGAUAAGUUCGUUCUUAGUUUCCUCUACUUGACGGCGAGGUUUAUGCACUUCAUAUAUGCUAACCAACGUCCUCCAGGCUCCAUCUACAGAUAAUUGAUGCUCUUCAACUGUACGUAUACUAUAUGCACUUUUUGACAGUUAGUAGAAAUCACUUUUAUAGAAACUCAAAAUAUAUUAUUAUUAUGUGUGAUACAAAAAAAAACUAUGAUACAUAUUAUUACUUGAUGCAAAAGAAAAUUUAACUUAAGAAAGACUAAAAGAAAAACUCGAUUGAUAAAUGUAAAAUAUCCAUACCCGAAUCUAUAUAGGAGUAUUACUUAAGUAAGAUUCAUUAAAUAAAUUUUGGGGGUCUUUCAUAUCGAAAACUUGCUAUAUCCAUUCGAUAUGCUUUCUAUAAAAGGAACACUAGUUUCAAGUGACCGUACCUGUCUCACGAUCAGUGCAUCUCUUUUCUCCGACACAAUAUUUUCGUCUCCCAUAGAAAAUUGUAACAUUUCCUUCAUUAAUUCUCCCACUUUCCCUUUCAAGUUCCCCUAGAAAAAUUAUCAUAUAUCUUCACUUUUCCGUUUUGUUUUCCCGGAACCCUAGAUUUAUUUCACAUAUAUACGCCCUAAUCAAGCUCACGAUCCAAUAUAACUAACAAACAAUGGAGGCAGAGAACGAUGAGGCCACUAAGGGACAUGACAAUACGUUUAGCUUACAUAGUAUUUUAUUCAUCGUCCAAGUCUCAGCCGGCCUAGCCUUCGCUGGUUACUGCGGUUACCCGGCGAUUGUAAAUGUACUUGAAGGAUUCAUACUUUGGUUCGAUUGGUUCCGUUUGGUUCUAAGAAACCUUUUCUUCAUUUUUAUCAUCCUUAACGCUCUCAUCGCCUCCAUAUACUUUACUUUCCUCAAAGCCACCGAGAAAAAGAAACCGAGUCUCCGUGAUGAAUAUAUCACCGCCGUACCAUCCGACGUCCGCUCUUCGCCGGAGCAGUCUUUUUCCCCGAUGGAGGUUGGAGAUUAUGGUGGUGGUGGUGGUGGACAUUAUAAUAACUCUUGUUACCCGGAGAGUGUGCAGCAGUUUCAAGCGGUUAAUACGGUUGUGGAGAGCAGCUGUUGCGAACGAGUGGUGAUGGAGACGAACUCCAAGAGUUACAAGAGGAUGAUGAGCUCGGAGAAGAAGAUGAAGAAGACGAGGUCGUCGACGACGACGGUGGAGUAUCAUCAAAGGAUGGAAUCGGAGAGAGUGAUGAAAACGGCGUCGUGCAGGUCGUCGCGGGACAUGAUGGAUGAGUUGAGCAACGAGGAGUUUCGUAUGACGAUUGAGACUUUUCUCAUGGAGAAGAAGAUGAUAUAUCACUGGCAAAACGGCGUCGUUGAUCACCGGCAAAACGGUGGCCCUCAGCUGCAAUACGGCGACGCUGACCAGUGUCACAACGGUGUUCCUCAAUUGCAAAACGGCGUCCCUUAUCACUGGAAAUACGGUUUCCCUCAGUUUCAAAACGGCGCCGUUCACCAGUGGCAAAACGGUUUCCCUCAGUUGCAAAACGGAGGCGUUCACCAGUGGCAAAACGGUUAUCCUCAGUUGCAAGGGCAGCCUGAUAACGAUGAGACUGGUCGUAGGCUCGUGGGUGGUUCUGGCUCUACUAGUAGUCAUGGUCCGCACUUGGCUAUUUUGGAUUAGAGCGAGGCGACUAUGUAGAAGUAACAAGAAAAUUAUUCUGAAUUUGAUUCUCUUAUAUCUUUGGAAAUUUUGAAUUUUUCGAGACUUUUAUAGUUUUUUAUUGUAGUUUAUGUUUCAAAUUUUAAUUUUGGUUGUUUUUUAUGGCCAGUAAUUAAUGAUGUAUUACUAAUACAAAUGAUGCUCCUAUAAAUUUCUGUCACACCGAAUGAAAGGUUGGCACUUUUUGACAUAAAAACUCAUUAACUGGACGUUCCAUAUAAUAUAGUCGUUAUACAAAUAAGAUGCAAGCGAGCAAGAAUGUGAAGACAAUUUGAGUAAAAAACAAUGUUUAGCAAAAAUGUGUGCCACUCUAUUUGCGUCUUGAAGGAUCCUCAUACUCUGUUUGGAGGAUGCCACUUAUUGACUAGUUAGGGGUCAAAAUGGUUAUAUAAUAUUUUGUUUACUCAGCACGCCAGCCAAAUUGCUCCAUCUAUUUUGUUUUCAAAGUUCAAACUAGCCACUAUAUAUUUUGCUAAUGGAUACCGUUUGAAAGAUUAAGCCAUCAGUACUGUGAAAAUUUUAAAAUUAAUCAUGUUCGUUAUUAUCAAAAAAAUUUGAAUCUUUUUCAUAGUUGAUUCGAUGCAUGAAUAUAAAAAGGAUAGAGCAUACGCUUAAAUUUAACAAUGGACAUAUAUAUCAGUUAUUUAAAAUAUAUGGUUCCACUAAUUAGCUUGAGUAGUAUUAGAGCAUCUAUGGACAAGUCUCUCAAAGUUUGUCUUCAUAUUAUUUUAUUAAUAAGUUAGAUAAAUAACUAAAUUUCAAAAAUUAAACUAAAUUUCAGUGGAUACAAGAUGGACAAAAUAGCUUUGCAGUUUCUAAAAAAUAUUGAAAAGUCUCUUAAAAAAGAAGGUUUUUCUUUGUCUUCUUCUCUCUUACUUUUUUUUUCUUUUUUUUUACUGUCUUUUUUAUUAUUUUAUCUAGAUAGAAACUCAUCUAAAAGAGCAUCAUUGACGCAUGUUCUUAAAAACUUAAACGACGAACUAAGUUUAUUUUUCUGACAAACAUAUGUUAAAACAUAUGCUUUUAAAAAAAAAUCACACAUUUUUUAUUCUUGAAGCAAAUGACAUUACAUAUAAUUCAUUAAAUAAAAGGUACUAAAUCAUGUCAUUGUAGGUCCAAAUACAUGUAAAAAGCCUAGGUUUUUUUUUUGACUAACAAAAAAAAAAAGCCUAGGUUAUAACAUGAUGAUCAACUCAUUCUCACGAGCGAAA